AUGGGAUUCAAGUGCAUGGCAAAAUUAUUCCUCGAACGAGUUCGAUCAAAGAAAUCAUCAUUAUCAACAAGCUAUCAACAACAAGCAUCUAAUAGUAAUUCGAAUCAAGGACAAAGACCGCAACAACAUCGACAAGGACAGACAAGUUCAAUGAUGGUACCAUGCGAUGAAUAUAUGCCAAAAGAUCAGGUGUUAAAAGAUGUCGAAGAUGGAAAACUUAUACGUGGUAUUUUACGAAUAAAUGCUAAAAUAUAUACCGAUUCAUUUAUUACAGAUCCGGCGGGUGGAAGUGAUUUUUAUAUUGAUAAUGUGCGUGAUCGAAAUCGUGCAUUAAACUCAGAUGAAGUGGCAAUCAUGGUUAAACAAAAACGUGAAUGGAAAGUUAUACCAGAAUGUAGCUUAUUGGUUGAACGAUUCAUACAUCAAAUGCGACAAGCUAACGCGGCUCAAAAUGACAGCAGUGUUAUACCAGCUUCAGAGACAGGCGAAAUACGAACAGAAGAUCAGAAACAAGAUGAAGUGAUAGGAAAAUCUGAUCAAGAAACUGUUGAAGGUGAGUUAUCUGCUGAUGCAGCAUCAAGUGUAUCAAAGUCACCAACAAAAGGUGGUCGUAAUGAUAGACGCGAUACGAUCUCUUCUAUAUGUGGUGACAAUUCAGUAUUAACAGACGAAAUGGUGAACAGAAUACCCGAUGAAUAUUUUCAACGUACAGCGAAGGUUAUUUGCCUUUUAAAUCGUCGUCACACAAUGAAAGCAGCUGGUUUAUUGCGUAAAAUGCCUGACAACAGCCCGCAUUAUGCAUUAUUUUCUCCUAUGGACAGUCGAAUACCACGAUUAAUGAUACCGAUGAAACAAUGUCCAAGCGACUUUUACGAUCGACCAAUGGAUUAUGAAAAAUCUUUGUUUGUGGCAAAAAUUAUUGAGAUUCCAGCAGAUAAAAAAUUUGCUCGUGGAGAAUUAGGUGAGAACUUGGGAGAUGCCGAUACACUUGAAGCACAAAGUAAAGCAAUAUUAAUGGAGAAUGACAUACGUGAUGAAGAAUUUAGCGAAGAAGUAAUUAAAUGUUUACCGUUAGAUAAAGAAAAAUGGGAGAUACCAACUGAAGAAUAUGAAAAGCGUUUAGAUUUACGUCAGUCGUGUAUAUUCACAAUUGAUCCAGCUACUGCUAGAGAUUUAGACGAUGCGUUGUCAUGUGAGCCUUUAGAAAACGGACAUUACAGAGUAGGAGUUCAUAUUGCGGAUGUCAGUUAUUUUGUAUCAGAAAAAUCUGUAUUAGAUACAGAAGCAUCUACUCGAACGACAAGUGUUUACCUAGUGGAGAGGGUAAUUCCGAUGCUGCCAAGGCUUUUAUGUGAUCGACUAUGCAGUUUGAAUCCGAAUGAAGAUCGUUUAACAUUUUCGGUUAUAUGGACAUUGGAUGAAAAUGGACAGAUAUUAGAUGAGCACUUCACACGUAGUAUAAUACGAUCGUGUGUGAAGUUAAGUUAUGAACAUGCACAAGUAAGCAUACAAUCAGGAGUAUCUCACUCACUUAGUACUAUGAGAUUACUUUUGAAGGAUUUCAUUGAUCAUCCCGAUAAAGAUUUUAAAGCCGAAGAAUUGCCGCCAAUAUGUAAUAAUUAUUCUGUUGAUGAUAUUAAACAAAAAGUUUUACACUUAUAUAAGAUUUCAAAAUGUCUUCGUACGAAACGCGCUGGAGCUUUAACAUUAAAUCAACCAAAAUUACAAUAUAAAAUUCAACCAAAUACUAAAAUGCCAUUAAGUUUUUCAAUUUAUCAACAAAAAGAUAGUAAUCGUUUGGUUGAAGAAUUUAUGCUUCUAGCCAAUAUACAAGUUGCGAGAAAAUUAUGUUCAGAUAAAAAUAUACAAGAAAAAGCAAUUUUACGUCGACAUCCAGCACCAAAUCCAACAACAAUGCAGUCGACAUCAAAACAAUUGAAAGCUGCUGGCGGUGCAUUUGAUGGAAUAUCCUCUACCAGCAUAGCUGAUUUUCUUCAAUUUAUUGAUGAUGAGUCGAAAAAAGCACUAUAUAUACAUUUACUGGCGAAAUCCAUGCAGUUAGCUAUUUAUUGUUGUGCAUCAUGUGUUAAAAAUGAGGAUUAUAGGCAUUAUGCAUUGAAUGUUGAAUAUUACACACAUUUCACUAGUCCAAUAAGACGGUAUCCAGAUAUUCUUGUACAUCGACAGUUGGGAGCUAUCUUAGGCUAUAAUGAAAGUCUUCACCAACAUCCAAGAACUUUAGAACAAUUGGCACAGCAAUGCAAUGAAAAGAGAGUUAAUGCAAAAACGUGUUCAGAAAAAAGCGCUGAAUUAUAUUUAGCUGUCCUUGUUCGAGAAUAUGGUACCCUUCAAGAUGAAGCACUUAUUAUUACUGUUAAAGAUGAAAGUCUCGAUGUAUUGUUAUUUCGUAUUGGUGUUCCACUGCGUAUUGGCAUUAACAAUUUACCAUUAGAUCAUCCACGUACAAACUUCAGAAAAAUUGAAAAUACUCCAUAUAAUGAGUUAACGAUCUAUUGGAAAUCAACUGAUCGACCGGAGGCGAUUAAACAAGUUCUCCGACCAUUUGAACUUGUAAAUAUUGAUAUAACAUCGGAUUUCGAUAAAAAUUCAAAAAAAUUAAAAUUAUCAGCUGUUUUACGGCAUGUUAAUGCUGAGAAAUUAACAACACUUGCAAAUUUGUGCUCAAUAACAACACCUGCUAAUAGUCCACCGAAUCAGAUUAUUCAACGAAUGGAUUUUGAUCCUUACGCCGAAUAUUAG